AUGCGCGAGCGCGUGAACAAAGCGAAAGAGAUCGAAGAUUCGAACAGUCCCUUCACAAGUAUGGACGUAGAAAGUGGCGCAACAAUGAUAUCGAGAAACAAGCAACAUCGCGGAAUAAACACUAUAGUCGUGCCGUGCUUGAACGGGAAUGGUUUCAUAUUUCGCGUUCCAAAGUUUUUCUGGUUGUUCAGAAGAAACGUCAACAUGAAACGACGAUAUCUGUUGGCGCUUGUUUUAAUAAUCGCAUUCGUCCUGUCUUCGUUCUGUGGGAUCGAUGGUUCAAAGUGCGCAAAGACGAAAUUAAAAUCGUUGAUGGGUAAUAGUAGACGAUUCCAAGUGCACAAGCACGACGCCGGCGUCGACGCGAUGUUGUUCAAAAGCGUUCGAGGGCGUAAUUCUUCCUCUUUGUCUUCUUCUUUUCUUACUGAGAAUGAUAACGACAACAACAACAACAAAAACAACAACAACAAUAACAAUAUCGCCAAACGCGUUGGUAUUCCCAAACCAAGAAAACCAGACGCCGAGCGGAGAUUGGAGCGACGAUUUGGACAACAAAGGAAAAUACCUCGGAUUGUUCAUCAAACGUAUUGGUCUCGAGAAGGGAUUCCAGACGAGUUGAGAAAGAUUUCAGAAACGUGGAAAUCGAUGAAUGGCUAA